AUGUGCGAACAGGUACGUCAGGAGUUGGGAGUGACCGCACUGGCAUUUUCACGACGUCAUCCAUUCUCUUGUUGGUUGUCUUCCAUGUUAAUGUGCUUUGCUGGUGGGCUUCUUGGAUGUUUUCUACUUGGCGAACCUGUUAUAACUCCAUUUCGAAGGCAUGACGAUGUUGUUUUGGCUUCCAUCGUAUGGUAUUCGGUCUUUUACUCACCCUUCGAUUUAGUUCAUAAGAUAAUCGGCUUCAAGCUAGUGAAAGUUUUAGUAUGCAUUGCCAAAGAAGUGCAGCGAGCUCAUAAGAUAUCUCAUGGUGUCGCUUAUGCAACGAAGUUAUAUUCAGAAUCCUAUAUGGUUCAGGUGUUAGUAGGGGUUUCGAAAGGCUGCGGAUCAGGAAUUGUGCAGAUUGUCGAACAGGUGUGUUGUAUUGCUAUUUUCCUCCCGAUAAUCGACAAUUCCUGA